GGGAGGUAACUCGCAGGAGCAAGCGCCAUGCUCAGAGGUACGGAACUGAAAGCCAAAUAAAUGUUAGAAGAAAUGUAAAGAAAAUACACUCCCACCCAGAAAGACAUUCUGACAGAGUCGCGUGGUUGUAAUAUUUUGGAUGGCAGCACAAGGGAAUGAACACAGGGGGGGCCAGAGAAGGAGACGGAACAGAUCAGCCAAUCAGAGACAGUACGACGAUGGGAGUGGCAGGAAUGGUUCCUAUGAUGACUCCCACCACCAAGGAGCCUACCAGCCCAUGGGAGGAGGCGGAGGGGGUGGACAUUAUCACCAGAUGGAUCAUCCACCUUCCUACCAUCCGGGCAACAGAGCAUUGGCUCUAGACCCCAGGACAGGCCGUCCGACUGUGAUGCCCUACCAACCCCAUCCCCAACACUCAGGAUAUCCUGGCCCCCCUAGGCAACACAGCCAGGGCCCCAGUAACCCACAGAACGAUGGUGGGGGUGGGCAGAAGAAGAAUAGGAACAGAGGGAAGGGGAGGGAGAAACAGCAGCAGCCUCAGCAACAACAACAGCCCCAGCAGCAACAGACAAAACAGCAACAGCCACGACAGCCGCAGCAGCAGCAGCAGCCCAAGUUGAAAGGAAACCAGGCUGUUAAGGGUCAAGAUCAGAGUUCAGUGAAUGCAUCUAGUGGAAGUAAUGGUGGAAGCAGGAACGUUGGCCAGCAGAACAAGGCAGUGCAGGAGAAUAGGAAGAAAGGGGGAGCUGAUGAUUCUGAAGAAAAGGUUGAUGGUUCCACCCUAAGGGAAAUGGAAAAACAGAAAGUGUUUCCCUUGAAAAAGAAAUCAGUGAAGUUCCCAAGAGCCAAGUUUUUCUGUCGCCUGUGUGAGUACCAUCUGGACAGGGUGCAGGACUACCUCAAGCAUGUGUCGGAGCCAAGGCAUAGACGGAGGAAGGAGGUGACAGAAUCGGAGAACACACUACGGUACAUGCCCCCUCCCACCCAGAAGCAGGUGCUUGCCCUGGACGAGCUGCUGGAGUCAAUACACGCUGACCACGGCCUGACCCAGGAGGAGGUGCAGCAGAGAAAGGAUAUUGUCAACAGGGUGGAGGACUUUAUUCACAAGCAGUUACCUGGGGUGUCUCUCCAGCUGUAUGGCUCCUCCCUCACUGGCUUCGGCCUCAAGUCCAGUGAUGUCAACAUCGAUCUCUAUGCAGCCGAUAUGGAAGGUCUACCCAAAAAACUGAUCGAGGUUUUCAACAUUCUCAAAACUGCAGAGGAUCAAUUCAUCAACAUACACAGCGACUUUUCGGCCAAGGUGCCAGCUGUGGUCUUCAUCGACCCAGACACAAAACUGGAGUGUAAGAUGACGAUCAACAGUCGCCCAGCGACGGCAACAAGUCAGCUUCUAGCUGUGUACAGUGAGAUGGACCCAAGAGUCAGGAAGCUAGCUGUCGCCUUUAGAUACUGGGCCAAGGUGUGCCGUCUCGAUGUCCAGAGUGAAGGCACCUUGCCGGCCUAUGCCACGUCACUGAUGACGGUUUUCUUCCUACAACAACUGCAGCUCCCAGUAUUACCUGUUUUGGCGUCGAACCUACCAAAAAAUAUUGACACUGAUGUAUCCAAUGCAUGGUUGGAGAGGAUGCAAGAGGAGGCCAUCGGUUGGCAGAGCAAGAACACAAGUUCUCUGGGGACACUAUGGCUUGAGGUUCUGAGAUACUUCAGCCUUGGCUUCGACACGGCCAUGUUUGUUGUUUGUCUGAGGCAACAUAAGAUGCUGGCUAGGGCAGAGAAGAAAUGGAAUUCCAAGAAACUAGCCAUUGAAGAUCCAUUUUCCCAGAAGAGGAAUGUGGCUAGGACUGUGAGUAACACCAAGAUAUACGAGUAUUUCCAAGACAGUCUGCGGAAAGCCUAUCACUACUUUGGCCUGCCCAGGAGUAAAGGAGGAGGAUCCCUCAUCAGCAAUGAAGUUCUGUCUGGCAUCGUGGAAAAAUCCAGGGGCAGAAAGAAACAUCUGGGUGAGUUUGCUUCUGGAGAUGCAGAGGACACGGAUGAUGACACUGAUGCUGCCCGGGACUCCAGUGUGGAACCAGAGGACCAGGAAGCAUCAGACGUCACGACUGGCGAAGGAGAAUCCUCCCCUGAGAGACAAUUAUCUGACACGUUGCUAUCCCCUUCAGUGAACGAGAGCUGUAGCUCAGUUAGUACAUUAUGCGAGGAGGACUCGUCGAUCAUAUCCGCAGGUGUUAGUAAAAUUUCACUGGAUGACAGCAAAGAAGAACCAGUGCAUUCAGACAUUGACAAAUUCGCCCGGGACUUUGCCUUGAAGGUGGUGCAGAGUGCUGUGCAAGCUGUAUCUUCCAGUGAUACCCUAAGUCAGACGAGUGUGCCAAGUGAGUCCCAGGGCGAAGACAAGGGUGGGUGUGAUGAUGGGGACAAGUCCCAAGGGGAGACAACUUCUGUGAUAAAGGAGAGUGAACAGUCUGUGACUGAAGUUAAGUCUGGGCCCAUGUUGGUCGAGUCGGUGCUAAAGGAACUGAACUUGGAAGAUAAGGAGUGUUUCUAUGAAUUUACAGCAAAGAUUUUAACUGAUGGCAAGGGUCCUGCAAUCAUCUGUGGUUAUUGUGAGAAGGAAGGUCAUUUGAAGACUGCUUGUCCUGAGGACCAGUUGCCCAAACUAGUAAUCCUUCCUCCCGUCAAGAAGGCAUAUGCGAAGAUGCUUUCCGUCACCAUUGAACAAGUUCCAAGGGAUUUUGGCCCAUCCAACAAAGAGAUGAAACAGCGGGACUACAUACUGCAUGAGCUGCAGGACUUCAUUCGGCAGCUCUAUCCAGGUGUUAUUCUCCGAUUAUUUGGAUCAUCCUGUAAUGGAUUUGGCUUCAGAAUGAGUGACCUUGACAUCUGUAUGACCUUCAACCAACACAACAGUGCAAAGGAUGUGAAGUGCACGGAGACGAUAGAGAGGCUAGCUAAGAAGCUGAAGGAGCACAGGGGCCUGUACCAGGUGGUGGCCAUCCCCACGGCCAAGGUGCCCAUCGUCAAGUUCCGGCACAGGGAGAGUCAGCUGGAGGCUGACAUCAGUCUCUACAAUACUCUGGCCCAGCACAACACCAAGCUGCUCCUGACUUACAGUGAGAUCGACCCACGAGUCAGGGCGUUAGGAUACGCCUUCAAGGUCUUUGCUAAGGUGUGUGACAUCGGGGAUGCUUCCCGUGGCAGUCUGUCCUCGUAUGCCUACGUCCUGAUGCUGCUGCACUAUCUCCAGCAGUGCCGGCCGCCCGUCAUCCCCGUGCUUCAGGAGCUGUAUCAUGGCAAAACCAAGCCAGAAUGGAUGGUCGAUGACUGCAAUGCUUACUUUUUUGAGAACAUUGACCAGCUGCCUGCUGUGUGGAAGGACUACGGGAAGAACAGCCUGAGUAUCGGUGAGCUGUGGCUGGGGUUGUUCCGCUACUACACAGAAGAGUUCAACUACAAGGAGCAGGUGGUCAGCAUCAGACAGAAAGCUCCACUCAGCCGCUUUGAGAAACUCUGGAAUGGGAAGUGUCUCGCUAUUGAAGAUCCAUUUGACUUAAAUCACAACCUUGGUGCUGGUCUUUCUAGAAAGAUGAACAAUUACAUCCUGAAAGCUUUUAUUCAUGGCCGAGAGUUGUAUGGGACAGCGAAGGAUGAGCAGUUGAUCAGGCAGAUAUACAGGACCCUUGGGGACUACUUCUUCGACCGGUCUCUACUGACAGAGGGCACUCCCCCAAAUGACCGGGGUUGUCGAGUGUGUGGGAAGAUUGGACACAUUGCCAAAGAGUGUCCUAUUGUCACAAACAGGAAAGAACGAGAGGAACGAGAGCGGCGGCAACGAGAGGAGCGGCAACGAGAAGAUAGGCUGCGAGAUGAGCGGCAACGAGAGGAGAGAGCGCGGGUGAACAAGAAGCCUGAUCAGCCCAUGAACAUGGCACAACAGCAUGGCAUGUCACCUAACGCUCGUCCAGGGAGUAAGUCACAGUCCUCCCCCAGCACCCCAGCUGUCAGUCACAUGGCCACACCCCCAGGCUUCAGGGAGAAGACGAAGCGAUCCCAGUCGAUGCCAGAGAGUGCCAGCUCUACAGCAGCUAAUUUACAGAUGUCACCUCCUCCAGGCUACCAACACAUUCCAAUCUUGUAUGACCCUCAGCAGCAGCAGAUGUAUGUACAGGGCAGCUCCUCCCCGGUAAACAUCCCCCGCAUGGGAGGAGGAGGAGGCGGCCCCCUCAGCCCCACAGGCCAAAGCUGGCCGGACCAGAUGUCUCCUCACCAAGGUCAAUCAGCUUCAGCAAUGCAUCAUGGGAUGACGUCGUCUUCCCUACCCAUGAUGAAAUUGCAUGGACAGAACAACUACAUCCCAGUCCCUCUGUCUCAGGUGCUCAAUGUCCCCACCCAGUCUCCUCCCACCCCCGGGCAGCAGAUCAUGAUGGCCAUCUCCCCCCAGAAGCAGUCCUCCAGGAUGGGGCACUCAACAGGCCUGCCCCAGGGGCCGUACACAUAUGGCCAGCCCAUCCCACAACCCCAGAUGCAUUCGCCUCCACAGCAUGGCUUCGUGCAGGCCCCAGGGUCGCGGAGUGCAGCAGCAGCAGCAGCAGCAGCAUCCAUGAGGCAGGUCUCUCACUCCCCGCAACAAGGCGGAAAUCUAGUCCUCAACAUCACUGUCCCUAAUGAGAUGUAUAACAAUUACAACCACCCCCAGCAAUAGCAGUCCUCUCACCCUCAUCCAACACAGAUGGGACAAGUCAUCUGCCCCUCAUCCAACACAGAUGGGACAAGUCAUCUGCCCCUCAUCCAACACAGAUGGGACAAGUCAUCUGACCCUCAUCCAACACAGAUGGGACAAGUCAUCUGCCCCUCAACAAAGACUAAGGAGACUAGUUCUCUACUCUCAUAUAAAACAGAUGGGACAAGUUUUCUGACCCUCGUCCAAGACAGAUGGGAUGAUUUCUCUUCAGUUUAGUUAGUAUCUAUGACAAUGAACAAUAGCAUUUUACAUAUCUUCAUUUUAAUUAACCAUAUCAGUAUAUUCAGAACUUAGAAGACUAAGAAUUCUUUAUAUAAGUAGGGGGCACGGGUGGCCCAGUCGUCUAAGGCGCCGUGAUUCGCUGUGCAGAGUUGCGUCCCUUGGACACGCCAGAAACCUAUGAUUGUGGGUUCUAAUCCCAGUUCGC